GCCCGCCUCCUCCCGGAAGCGCGCGGCCUCUGAUCGCCGCCGAACGACGAGGAAAAACCAUUUUGGAUUCAUUUGCUCGAGUUUUACUCGCUUGUUUUGUUUCUAACGACACCUCCGAGGACUCCUUUUCCUGAAUGGAAGUUGACGUGGUGGACUUUUUGGUUCCUGUGGAGAACAACAAAACUUUGUUCGUGUGGAACAUCCAGCCGGACUUCACUGAGGCUCAGGUCCACGAACGCUUGCACGCGACCUUCUCGUCCUUCGGCCCGCUCUACUUGGUGAAGGUGCGUCCCAACGCCCCGCUGAGCACGCCCGGAUUCAACGGCAUGGUCAAAUUCUACUCGGCGGCUCAGGCCCGCCGGGCCCAGCGGAACGCGGACGGACGGUCCCUCUUCCAGAACACGCCCGUCAUGGUGAGGCUGAGCUCCAAACGGACGCCUCACUUCCUGUCCGCCAGCAAACCUCUGAGCCACGCCCGCUGCGUGGAGUUGGCCAAUGAGUGCCUGGGGUUCAACGGGUGGACGUGCGACAUCAUCACACUUAAGGAGCUUCCUGUCGAGGAGGCGAAGGCGGACGCGGGCGGGCGCGUCAAGCUGGGCUGCGUGGUGCAGAUCUCGUUCCCGCGUCACGGCGUGAGCACGCGAGGAGCCGCCGUGGUGGAGGACGACGUCGUCGAUCCUGAUGCGUUGCUGCAGAAGCGCAGCAGGAUGCACAAGAUGGUGCGAGACAAAGCGGCGGUCCAGGCCUUCUCCACGGUGGUUCUGGUUCUGCUAGGUGAGGGCAAAGUCGGGGUGGAGCUGCGACGCCCGGCGGAGCACCUCUUCCCCGAGGAGCCUCCGGGACUCGUCCGGGUCCGCGACCGAGACCCGAACCGGGGGGACAACUUUCCUGCCGACGAAGACCUCUGGGAACACGAAGACCUGGACCUGACCGUGUGGUAGACCGAAACCUUCAGCGACUUGCGUAACGGAAGGAAAGUGAUCAUUUUGAACAACUCCUGCCGCGUCAUUUCGUUCCCCAGAAAAUGUCUCUGUUUUGAAUGAGAUAACCCAUCACUCGACUGUUGUACUUUAUAAAAUCAAAUCGGGGUUCGUGACGCCUUCAUUCUGGUUUGCACACCCCGGCCACCGGGGGCAGUAUAAAAAGCCAUCCGGCACACGGUGGCCGAGGAAAAUGGACCCUAAAAUGCAAAUAAAUAAGCCAAACUGGA